AUGCCAAUAGAUGAUUACAAGUGCAAUAGUGUAAUAUUUAAUGGGAAUAUUUUGAUUUCUGGAUAUCGAAAUAGAAAUCUUUUGUUAUACUCAGUUGAUAAUGAUUCUUUCUCGACAAUUCCUUGUGAGUUCGAAAAGAAUAAAUCAAAGAUCCUGAUAAAUGCAGAGAGACUUUAUUUGAUUGAAUGCGAAGAGGGAUCAUUCUAUGAAAGCGAAGUUGGCAGUUACUCGAAUUGGAGAAGAAUAGGAAAAUCAGUAAUGGAUUAUGAUCCUGAAAAAGUUUAUUGUUCAUAUAAAGUAAUAAAAUUUGAUUUACUUUUAAUUAACCAUUUUAUGACUUUUUUAACGCAAUCAAGCUCUUUUCUUGCAAAUAAAACUUGAAGUAGUCAGAUCUAUCUAUUCCAAUGUAUAUAUAUCCUUCAUUAUAUGAACAAUACACUUGAUAAGUACUAA